GAAACCUCGAGGAGCAGCUAAAUUUCCCCAUCAUGGUGUGGAAACCUUGGAGGCAUUAACAAGGCAGUAAGAUUCCGUACCUUUUCCUAAAGGACUUAGAAACCUUAUAUGUAUGGUGGAUAGCGUUCCUCAUUUUAAGCCACCUUCUGCAGUUGCUUGUCCACUUAACAUGGGGAAUACUGUGGAAGAUAAAGCAGCCAGCCCCAUUUUGCUUGUUGCCAUUCUUAUAUGUCGGAGAGUACUGGACUGGAUCCUAAUAUUUGAAGACUUUUACUUGAGUUUUCUAGGUAUAAUCCAAUUCUUCACAUACUUUCUUCUUCGUGUAUGGAAAGUUUGUGUUGAAUGUACAACCACAUGUGCAGAAGCUCCAACUCAGAAAAUUUCCAGCAAUGGAAAUGGUACAGAAUCAUCGACCCCAAAACUAUUUUCUUGGGAAAAUGUUGAUGAUGAUAAUAAAUUGUCCAUCGGAGAAGUAAAAAUGAUGAUGGAGAAACUGGGAACCUCAUGUGACGUUGAGGAUCAUGAUAAUUAUGAAGUUAGAGUGGGCCCAGAUGAGAUUGCAGCACUGUUUGAGGAGGAGCCAAGCCCAGAGGAAGUGAAAGAAGCUUUUGAUAUGUUCGAUGAAAACAAUGAUGGGUUCAUUGAUGCAGGGGAGUUGGAAAAAGUCCUAUCCACUCUGGGAAUCUUGGACCAUUUGGAAGCAGAUCAAUGCCAAAAGAUGAUUAGCGUGUUUGAUGAAAAUGGAGAUGGACGGGUCGAUUUCAAUGAAUUUGUUAAGCUGCUGGAGUACAGCUUCUGCUGACAUCCAAGCAGUCACCAAUAAAAAAAUAAAAAAAGAGCCAGUAGAACCCUGCAUAUCCUUUGGUAAGUGCUAGCAUACACCCAAAAAAAGAAAAGAGUGCUUUGGAGUGUUUUCAUUUACAGAAUUGUUUUGAAAAUGAGUUUUUGAAGGCAUUUUAGGGUAUUUCAGAGUUUUGGAAUGUUUUGAUAACCGUUUUGUGAUAUGUUUUUAGUGGUGUAUUUUGAGUGAAAAAAAAGGAAAAAAAAAAAAAAAAAGAGUUGAAACAAAUGGUGCAGGGAUCUACAAACACCACAUAAGCAAAUGGUGCAGGGAUCUACAAACACCACAUAAGGUCUUGGAGAGACCUCCGCGGCCCCCUCGAUGAAUAUCUCUCUCUCCAUGAGGCAGCCUCAAUGUAAUGAGGGGGGUAUACUCCUCCCUCACAGCCCACAGCGUGGCAAAGUGGUUAGACACAAUCUACCCUCCUAUCUCACAGCCCAACGCUGGCGGAAAGGAGGCGUUUCCCCUUCAUAGCUCACACACAUUCUAUUUGCUACAUCUUUAAUCAAAGCUGUUUUGAGAAUUUGGUUUUAACAAUUAUUUUGGCAGGUCUGUAGGGCAAAACCAUUCUCAAAACAGAACGGUUUCUUAGUGGGUAUCUUCUGUAUUUUUUGAGCUUUAGCUUUAUGCAUCGUUACUACAAGUUUGUGAUUACUCAAUUUAAAGUCUGAAUAAUAUGCCAGAUUUGCAGCA